GUGACGUAAAUGUCGUAAUGACUACUGCUUUUCUUCAAAUAUGGAUGCGUACGCUUUGUGGUGGUGAUUAAAUAGUGACAGAGACAAAGAAUAUUUGCUCUUAUUUUAUUUGUUCUUAUUGUAACAUCGUCAAAAUAAAUUUGAUUGAUUGACAGUUAGCGAAAGUGUGCUGUUUUAAGGACCGCAUCUGUCCGUAGCCGCCGUCAUGGAAACAGAUGAGCAGGCCAGGAACCGUUUCCAGUCGGAGCUGGAGUUCGUCCAAUGUCUGGCCAACCCCAACUACCUGAACUUUUUGGCUCAAAGAGGUUACCUGAGGGAGAGACCCUUUAUUAACUACCUGAAGUACCUGCUGUACUGGAAGGAGCCCGAGUAUGCCAAGUUCCUCAAGUAUCCUCACUGCCUGCACAUGUUGGAGCUGCUGCAGUACGAGCACUUCAGGAAGGAGCUGGUCAACGCUCAGUGCGCCAAGUUCAUCGAUGAGCAGCAGCUGUUGCACUGGCAGCACUACUCCAGGAAACGCACCCGGCUGCAGCAGGCGCUGGCCGAACAGCAGCAGGCACAGCAGCGGCAGGCGCCCCCCGGGGCACCCGCUCACUGGAGGUGGGGCGAGGUCGUGUGGACCAUAGCUCCACUGACACUGGAGUGUGGAGGCUGGUACCAUAUGUGAGAGUUUAAAAAAGCCUGACCGCCACAUAGCGGCCAGGUUCUCUUCUCUUCUUUUUUUGUUUUACCUGAACACACAAAGGUUUUAGUUGGAAUUCCUUAGAUGUGCUUAUUAACGAGUUGUGACCAGAAUACUGGAAGUUUGCAAAUACUGUCCAAGACCUUUACUUGGGGCCGGUUUAAAUUAGAGACAGUGUUCUUCAGUGCAAAGACCAAAUGCCUCCCUGCUGUCUCGAUGAAUUCAGUGUAACAUCUGUUUCCACAGAACUGAUUCAUCACUACAGCAAGUAUCAUGUCAGGAGCUCCACUUUGACUCUUUCCUCAAUUCAAGCACUGUGGCACUAGGCAGCAGGUGAUCCUUUUAACAGAUGUGUUUCCACCACAGGAGCUUUUCCUAGGAAACGGGAACCCUUGAGAAGCUCAGUUUGCCAGGCUGUGCUCCAGUCAGAGGAGCCAGGGUCUACAUUAAGUUCCUGGGAGGUGGUUUUGCCCCAAAGGCGUCCAUGCUCCGGGAUAGGUGUCUGUAGGUGUUCAUGCUGGCCGCACGCUUGCUCAUUAUGUGAGUACCAACCUUGGGGAUGUUUUGCAUAGGCUUGUCAGCGCUCUCCAGUGGACAGACUGUAAUGGAGGCGCAGUGUCUGAAUGAUCUCGGACACAGCUUUAACGUUUCUCAGCUGAAUGUAGAGUCACCAUGUUUCUCAGCUCAGCAGCAGUGACGACAUCUUCCUUCUACACUUGUCAUGCAGAGCAGAUUUUACCUGACACAGAAUGACAGGGGGCAGGGGAAAGCAUCUGGACUUGUACUGAAACACAAACAUGUCACUCGCUGAUCAUAGAAUUGGAUUCCAAAGCUGAAAAUACAGACUUGUAAGAUGGUCAGAAAUUGUGUUUGAAAUGUACAUGCUGUGAAGAGCAAUGACGCGACUGCAGCAUAGCAAAACCCAGGAUGGAUAUGGGUCCAGAAAUGUCUCCAUCACAAAAGUCGAUUAAGCCGUGUCCAGAAGUCAAAGCUCUAAGGAAACGUCCUGACCGACUGGAGGAGCUCUACUGCUGCUGCAGUAUUUCUCCUGCAGGAGACAGUUCACAGUGUAUUAAAUAAAUAAUUGUUUUAGUCACUUUUUAGGCAAUGUGAAUGAUUUGCUGUUUUCAUUGUCAUGUGACAGUAAACUGAAUAUCUUUGGCUUUUGGUUGAAUAAAAUCACAGGUCUGGAUAAAACUGAAUGAUGGAAAUAAUAUGCACUUUUCACUAUAUUAUUACACUUUUAAGACAGUUAUUGAUAAGUUAAUUGGAAAAAAAUAUGCAGCAGUUUCAUCCAUGAAAAUAAUUACUGGUUUCAGCCCUAAAUAAAAUGUUUGUGUAAAUGCUAAAUAAUUACACUUAUUUAGUAGUUCAAAUAAUCAUACAUGUUUAUAUUCCAGCCUUUGUAUUUAUUGAAUAACUUGCAUUUUAAUGGAUGUGUCUGUAAUAUCAAUAUAUGUGGAUCAUUGUUAUUUUUAAUGAUUUGUUUUGUAAAAAUGUUCCUUUUCCUUUCACUCAGCCUUUUACUUGAGUGAAAAUAGAAAUGCCACAUGGAAAAUAGUUAGAACGUCCUGCAUCCAACAUUUUAAUUAAGUAAAAGUAGAGAAGUAUUUGCAUCAAGUUAUACAGCUGAUGUUAACCGACUUAUAAUUUGAAGUGCCUGAUAUCCUUCUGAGUAGUUUAAUUAGUAUUGACGACUCAUACUUUUUAGUGAAGUACUUAUUUCCACCACUGUCUAGUAAUAAUUGUCCCCAGUAUAGUUUUUUUUUUUUUUUAUCCACAACAAAUUCAUUAACUGUGAUGAAGCAUAAGACCGUCUUUGUGCAGUUUUUGCUCAUAUAGUUUAGUAUUAGAGCUUUUAUUGUGAAGGACGCGUAUCGGAAGUUGAGCCGUUGACCUUUCUCUUCACGUCCGUCGUCGCGUUAUCGCUGUAGCGCCGUAUUAACGACAAUCGGCCCCCCUUCCAAGUGUGGCUCUCGCCGAUUCACUCCCAGCGUUUCCUGUAUAUUUAUAUUCUAACGUUCGGGAUCCCGGACUUGUCUCGAAAAAGUGUCCCCCCGUCAAGAGGUGAACCCCCUGUUAAAAGCUCGGUUUCACGUAACGGCCCCUCAGCGCUUGUUAGGAUACUGUUACCGGAACCAGUAAAAAAAAAAA